AUGAUCACUUUGAAACCCAAUGCCGUUCGAACUUUCCGACAAGUGCAGCAUUGCAGCAUUCGCAUUUGUCGGUAUCAAUCUACGAAAUUAAGGAAGUUUCUGACACCUUUGCAAGAGUAUGACAGACUGGUGAAAUUGGGAAAGCUACGGGACGACACAUAUCAGCGUGGUAUCAUUUCCUCCUUAGGAGAUUUGUAUGAUUCAUUGGUUAAAUAUGUACCUCCGAUUGUUAAGACGCCCAGUGCUAUCGACCAAGUUGGCGGUUGGUUGAGUGGACUUAAAUCCGUAUUUAGUCGUGGGAAAGCUAAGAACAUUGGGGCGUAUGUGGAUGUAUCCAAAAUCGGUAACUCGAUACCUCGAGGAAUUUACCUGUAUGGAGAUGUUGGCUGCGGGAAGACAAUGUUGAUGGACCUUUUUUAUACUACAAUUCCCAAUCAUUUGACCAAAAAAAGAAUACAUUUUCACCAGUUCAUGCAGUAUGUUCAUAAAAGGUCGCAUGAAAUCGUUAAAGAACAAAAUUUGAAAGAACUGGGCGAUGCAAAAGGUAAAGAGAUCGAUACAGUUCCAUUUCUGGCUGCAGAGAUUGCAAAUAAUUCACAUGUUCUAUGUUUUGACGAAUUCCAAGUCACUGACGUGGCAGACGCAAUGAUACUGAGAAGGCUAAUGACUGCCUUACUAUCUGAUGAUUAUGGUGUGGUGCUUUUUGCGACCUCGAAUAGACAUCCGGAUGAGUUGUAUAUUAACGGUGUUCAAAGGCAAUCGUUUAUUCCAUGUAUUGAAUUGAUAAAGCAUAGAACUAAGGUUAUCUUCUUAAAUUCACCAACAGAUUACCGUAAGAUUCCAAGACCUGUGUCAUCAGUCUACUACUUUCCGCCGAGUACCAGCAUGAAAUACGCAUCGAAGGAGUGUAAAACCCGUCGAGAAAAUCAUAUUAAAGAAUGGUACAACUAUUUUGCACAGGCUUCUCAUACCGAUGAUUCCAUUGAUUCUCACACAGUGCAUAAGACAUUUUAUGAUUACCCAUUAACUAUAUGGGGGAGAGAGUUUAAAGUCCCUAAGUGCACUCCACCUCGAGUCGCGCAGUUCACUUUCAAGCAAUUAUGCGGUGAGCCCCUGGCUGCAGGGGAUUACUUAACGUUAGCAAAGAAUUUUGAAGCGUUUAUAGUAACGGAUAUUCCAUAUUUAUCCAUUUAUGUUCGUGAUGAAGUGAGAAGAUUUAUUACGUUUUUAGACGCCGUAUAUGACAGUGGUGGGAAACUGGCCACCACAGGUGCGGCGGAUUUUACUUCCUUAUUUGUGGAACCUGAACAGAUACUUAAUGAUUUUGAGUUACGUCCAACAACCAAAGAAUCUGAUAGCGUCGAUACUGGUUUGGUAGAUGAGAUGGUUGAGAAACACGGUUUCUCGAAAGAGAUUGCCAAGAAAUCACAAAUGUUUGCUCUUGAUGAAGAAAGAUUUGCCUUUGCCCGUGCCUUGAGUAGACUGUCACAGAUGAGCUCAACCGAUUGGGUUACUAAGCCUAGAUACUAA